UUAUUGUUGUUGCGUGGCUGUGAGGUAAUAUGCCUACUUUUAGCCUAUACAGUAGGCCUGUAGCAGACUAAAUAUUAAUAUGAAAUGAAAUAUUAGUAUGUAUUAUAACAUAACGCUUAACAGCUCUACGUAAUAGUUAAAGCAUUUAAUUGUCGACCCGACAGACCCUGCCGACUUUUUUUUACUUUUUUUUUUAUGAGUCAGGCCAAUGACGACUCAGAGGUGGGUUCAGUCAGCUUGGCAGCAUAUAUAAAGUGGGAAGGUUCUUUCACCCUAACGAAGAAAGUCCAAGAGACGAGAAGCGAGGUACAUCAAGAACUCGUACUACUACGCCGAAUCACACGAUACUGGAAUGAUUAGAUCUAUAGCGAUUCUGUUGCUCUUACACCUGACGUUGGUGUUAUGUGGGGAAGGAAAUCCCUGCUGUUCGCAACCUUGUCAGAACCGCGGCGUGUGUACAGCACUAAGCAGCGGUGCCUAUGACUGCGACUGUACAAGGACAGGUUUCUACGGCCAGAACUGCACUAAUCCCGAAUUAUUCACCUGGUUGAAAGUGAAUCUGAAGCCGGCCCCUAACACAGUGCACUACAUCCUCACCCACUUCAGAGGACUAUGGAACAUCAUCAACAAAAUUUCAUUCUUGCGGGAUGGCAUCAUGCGUUACGUCCUAACAUCUCGGGCACAUUUGAUUGAAAGUCCCCCCACAUAUAAUUCGGACUAUGACUACAAGAACUGGGAGGCUUACUCCAACCUUACCUACUUCACACGCACCCUCCCUCCAGUACCACUGGAUUGCCCAACACCUAUGGGAGCUGUGGGUAAGAAGCAGCUGCCCGACGCCAAGCAGCUGGCGGAGAAGCUGCUGCUGAGGAGGCACUUCAUUCCCGACCCACAGGGCUCCAGCCUCAUGUUCGCCUUCUUCGCCCAGCACUUCACGCACCAGUUCUUCAAAACCGACAUGAAGAAAGGGCCAGCCUUCACACGCGCCAUCAACCAUGGGGUGGACUUGAGUCACAUCUAUGGGGAAGACCUACAGAGGCAAAACAAGCUGAGACUGCUUAAGGAUGGCAAGAUGAAGUAUCAGGUGUUAGAUGGUGAAGUGUACCCUCCCCUGGUCAGCGAAGUUGGUGUGGACAUGCACUACCCACCUCACGUGCCCGAGUCUCGGCGUUUCGCUGUCGGCCACGAGGCGUUCGGCCUGGUGCCUGGCCUGAUGAUGUACGCCACUAUCUGGCUGCGUGAGCACAACCGUGUGUGUGAGGUGCUCCAAGAGGUCCAUCCUCACUGGGACGAUGAGAGACUCUUCCAGACCACACGUCUCAUUCUCAUCGGUGAGACCAUCAAGAUCGUGAUCGAGGACUACGUGCAGCAUCUUAGUGGCUACUUCUUCAAGCUGAAGUUUGACCCAGAGCUGCUCUUCAACUCACAGUUCCAGUACCAGAACCGCAUCGCCUCCGAGUUCAACACGCUCUACCACUGGCAUCCGCUCAUGCCCGAGGACUUCCACAUCCAGGAGGAAGUCUACUCCUACAAGCAGUUUGUCUUCAACACCUCCAUUGUCGUCGACCACGGCAUCAACCACCUGGUGGACUCCUUCACCCACCAGAUCGCAGGCAGGGUGGCCGGUGGUAAAAACUUACCUCCCGCUCUCUUGAUGGUAGCCAUCAAGUCCAUUGAGAACAGCCGUCAGAUGCGCUACCAGUCUCUCAAUGCCUACAGGAAGCGUUUCAACAUGAGUCCCUAUUCCUCCUUUGAGGAUCUUACAGGUGAAACCGAGAUGGCGGCCCAGCUGGAGGAGAUGUACGGCCACGUGGAUGCCGUGGAGCUGUACCCUGGCCUGAUGGUGGAGAAGCCCCGCACCAACGCAAUCUUUGGGGAGACCAUGGUGGAGAUGGGUGCCCCCUACUCGCUGAAAGGCCUCCUGGGUAACCCCAUCUGUUCCCCGGAGUACUGGAAGCCCAGCACGUUCGGUGGCCCGGUGGGCUUCCAGAUUGUCAACAGCGCCUCGCUGCAGCGACUGGUGUGCAACAACGUCAAAGGACCCUGCCCCGUGGCGUCGUUCAAUGUGCCUGAUGUGAAAGAGGCCAGCUCGGCCACCAUCAACUCCAGCACAGCUCACGCUGCCACCAGCGACGUCAACCCGACCGUCAUUAUCAAAGAGAGAACUGAGCUCUAAAAAGGCUGGAUAUAUCUGAAACCUGCUGAAUUUGUCUUUGUUUUUUUAUUUAUUGUCUUAUUUAUUGAUAAAUUGCUAAUUUAUUGUUUAUUAACUUAUUUAUUGUUUAUUUGUUAACUGUGCUGAAGUGGGCCUGUAUGUAUGUAUGUAUGCACGUGUGUGUGUGUGUGUGUGUGUGUCUUAUUCUGGGAUCAUAGUUUGAGUCUCAAAAUAAAUCUCAGAAAAGGUAUUUAUUGUAUUUAAAUUUAGUUUUGUUCAGUUUAGCACUGCCAUGUAUGUUGUUGGAGUUGUUGGUAAUGCUCAUUGGUUGCUUACUAAUAUGUACUUGAAUCAAAAUGCUUAGUUUACAUUACAGUGACAUUCCACUUACCCAGCGCUAAGUCUGCAAUUGUUAUUUAAGUGCUGUUAUGUUCUUCAUCUCCUUUCCUCUUUCUCUCACUUCUCCCUGCCAGUUUUCCUUUCUGUCUUUUGCUAGUAUUUUACAGUCGCUGAAAGAUUUAUUUAAUUGAUAUUUUUAGUACAGUUUUGUAAUUUCUCAUGCAGUUUUGUAUAGUCUGUUAUAGACAAUAGACCACAAACUACUGACAGAAUUGUUUCGUACUUGAACUUUGUGAGGAAACAUUUUGUGCCUAUUUUUUUAAUAAAAAAUAUGUAAAUAAGAA